AAGGCAUGGCAUAGAAAUAAGUAAACGAACGACUGACGUGUAGGUUUAUGUUAUCUGUGAUAACUUGAAACUCAGCGCAGCAAAGUGGUUUGUAGGUUAAGAAGAAGCCGGCGCGAAAGAAAAUAAAGAAAGAAAUGAUUUUUCGCCUGUCAUUGUCUGUAUUUGCGUUGUUUUUCCAGUACACUGGAACGUCAGAAAUACUUCGGCCUCGAGGAGUCGCUCUAUCGAAGGCAUCUCUGUAUGUCCCUGACAAAGACUUCACAUGCUUUGAUGGCAGUCUGACAAUUCCAUUUGCUUAUGUGAAUGAUGAUUAUUGUGACUGUGAAGAUGGAAGUGAUGAACCAGGGACACCUGCAUGUCCAAAUGGCACAUUCCACUGCACUAAUGCCGGCCAUAAACCACAGAACAUUCCUUCUUCACGGGUUAAUGAUGGAAUUUGCGAUUGUUGCGAUACUUCAGAUGAGUAUGAGAGUCAUGCAAAUUGUGUUAAUAACUGCAAUGAUCUGGGGAAAGCAGCUCGAAUGGAAGCACAAAAACUUGCAGAAGUUGCUAAGAUUGGCAGUGAAAUGAGAGCAGCACUAAGCAGAAAAGGAAAGCAGUUGCGCCAGGAAAAGCAGGAGAGAUUGGUUCAACUUGAAAAAGAUAAAGAAGAAGCAGAAAGUCUAAAGAAAGAAAAAGAAGCAUUGAAGUUGGCAGCAGAAGAGUUGGAGAAUAAGGCUUUAGAGAAGUAUAGGCAGCAAGAAGAGGAGGAGAAAAAAGUGAAGCAAGAAGAAGAACAGAAAGCAAGAGAACAGGAAGCAUUUGAGCAUUUCCAUAGGCUAGAUGCAAAUCAAGAUGGGAAGUUGCAGAAAUCCGAAAUACAAACACAACAGACGUUUGACCAAAACAAAGAUGGUGUGGUAUCCGAUGAUGAAAUUACUUUGUUCUUUGACACCCAUCAAGAAAUGGAUUGGGAUGAGUUCCUUGCAACUGGUUGGCCUAGAAUGAGACCAUUGUUGCUAAUGAACAGCGGUAUGUUCAAGCCACCAACAGCAGAAUCACCUGAUUCAUCUGACACACAUGAAGAAAUAGAGACCUUAUCACAGGGUUCUGCUGAAGAAUUACCAUUAGAUGCAAAUGAAGAGGAUGAAACUCGUAAUACAGAUGAUGAGGAAGAUGAUGAUGGUGACGAUGAGGCCAAUAAGAAUCCUGAACAUGAAUUAUAUGAACAUGAUGGGGAUGCUAUUGAUGAGGAUAGUGCAGCUAUAGAUGAAGAGCACGAAGGAAAAUCUGAAGAUAGCCCAAAAUAUGAUGAAGACACUCAAAGAUUAGUGGAUGAAGCUACAAGGGCUCGGUCAGAGUUUGAAGAAGCCGAUCGUAACCUAAGGGAUGUGCAGCGUGAAAUAAAGCAGUUGCAAGAAUCCAUGGAGAAAGAUUAUGGUGAAGAGGAUGAGUUUGCUCCAUUGGAUGGAGAAUGUUUUGAAUUUACGGAUUCUGAAUAUGUUUAUAAACUGUGUCCAUUUGAUCAUGCUACUCAACGUUCAAAAUCUGGAGGUUCUGAAACAAGAUUGGGACAAUGGAAUCAGUGGUCAGGUCCAGAAGAAAAUAAAUAUAAAAGCAUGUUAUAUGACAGAGGACAAUCAUGUUGGAAUGGACCUCAACGAUCUGCUCUGGUGAAAUUAAUAUGUGGCACAGAAAAUUCCAUCAGGUCUGUCAGUGAACCUAACAGAUGUGAAUACGUAUUUGAAUUUGUAACACCAUCGAUUUGCCAGUUCAGUGAACAUCAUGCACACGCACAUGAGGAAUUAUAACAAAGGGUCAGACUACAUUUGGGUCUGCGUGUGUAUGCGAGUGUCAGUCAUUCAUGUUUGUGUAAGGGUUAGUGAGUGGUUCAGGGAAUUAGCACAAAUGAAAUACAUGUUUGUAAAUAAACAUAAGUUCAAGUAUGGGAGUGAAAACACUAUUGAUCUCUUCAUGUGAUUUAGCAAAUUAUUUGUUCAUUUAUGUGUAUAGUUUGCCAUAUUUCAGAUGCUUUGUCUAUGCCACUGGUUGUGCAUUUGCUGCUGUCUAGCCAUUCUUCAACAGUAUAUUUUUACUAUUCAAUAAGUGGUUUAUGCUGUCAUCUGUUAUUUGUCUUAAAUACCUGACAUGAUUAAUUACCGGUUUCUGAGUAAACUCAUUUUUUUACAGGAAAAUUCCUACAUUAACUCUUGUUACACUCAAGUAGACUGGCAAGUAGAGUGCAAAACGUACAGUAAUAAGCAGUUGAUUUUUACCAGUUUUAAUGAAAAGUUGUGCAUGUCAUUCCUUAAUUUUGUUUUAUCAUUUAUAAAAAAAAUCAAAUGUGGCUUACGGCACACUGGGAUUUGAUUAUCCUAUUUUCAGCAGAAUACUAUGUGGAAAAUUAUACAGUAUGCAAUGUGUAAAUAAUUACUGUUAAAUGAAAUUUCAUUUGAUAGUACUAAGCAAAUUUUUCUUUGCAUCAAACUUGUUUAGCUGUUGAGUUGAAGUCGUACUGUUUUUGUUAUCUGAAAUGAAUGUAAUGAGCAUUGGUAUUGGAUAACAUUCCAUUGUUGAAUGAGUAAAUUAAGUAUCAGUAAAAUAAAAACUUUAUUUCGUUUUGAGGUACUUCUGCAGAAAUUUUAUCAACAACACUUUAUAAUGUACAUACACUUUCAUACUCAUUUCAAAAACCAUCAAAAGAUAUUCCAUAAAAUUUACGAUACACGUAAGGCAUACAUGAAGAGAUUUAUGAUAAAGAUAUGUGAAAAAUAUUGCAAAUUAUUUAAAUAUUUAAACAGAUCAUGGCUUACACGAUUACAAGAUGCCACACUUUUUGCUCAAAUGACACAGGCAAUUUCAAGUGGGUAACUUACCCCUAAAAAUAGAGAACUUUAAAGACACUGAAUUGUGUCUAAAUACUGAAUUUGAGCAUUAGCCUAAAUGUUUAAUAUAAAUUCAGUGACAAGACUGCUUAUAAGGACUCUUACUACUUUGGUGUCUGAGACAGAAAAUUUAAAUACAGCAGAUUUUUUUUAUAUUCAGUGAUGAAAUGCUUUAGUCUUGGAUCUGAUCAAGUUAGAGAGACAUUACUAGAAUAAACCUGUAUGAAAUAAAUGCUUCAAGGAAUACUGUUUUAUCAGCACUCGGGACUGUACAUGUGAAUUAAGUUCCUGAAGCACAAUCAUGCGAGUUAAGUUCUUUGAUAUAUGAAAAACCUCUUCUAAUUUUUUCAUUUUAAUAGAUAAAAUUUAUUUAAAAAAUAACAAACUUACUUUCAACAUUAUUACAAAUACUGAGUGAAAACACUCAAUGUGCCACUGUUCAACGAAGUAUUUCACGUACAUAUAGCCUCCAAACUUGCAACACUAAAUAAAAAUAAAAUCUUUUGUGCGAUACUUGCAAGGAAGAAUACUGUUUGUUUUCCACUGGCACUCUUUGUUGUUA